CUAAAAAACCCAAAGCAAAUCUCUUAACUAUUAAGACUCCUAAACAAGUAAUUUGAGUCUCUUUCUACAAAAAUGGGCCUUUUUUCUUUGAUUUUUUUUCUUUUUUCUUUUUGAGUCCAAGUCCCAAGUCACAACCGAACAACCGCUACCUCUAUAGUCUGUUGAGAAGUCCAUGUCCUGAAAGUUACUUUAGUUUGGUUUGAUGAGUCUGACUCAAGCCUUCUCUAAUUAAUCACAGAUAGGCUUCUCUUACCUCUCUCACCUUUCUCACAUUUCCAAAUUAAUUUCAUCAUUCUAUUAUUCAUGGUAUUUUUUGAGGUACUUACUUGGUCUAGAAUGAAAAGAUCCAUUAAAACUAAAAAUACCACUCUCACAAAAGGUUUUGAUAAAAUCAUAGAUUGGGAGCUUAGACCAGGUGGUAUGCUUGUUCAGAAGAGAGACAUUGGGGAUGAUGAUGCCUCUUCUGGUGCUAUGAUCAAGAUCAAGGUUUCUCAUGGUUCUUAUCACCAUGAUAUUAAUGUACCUGCUCAAUAUACUUUUGGUGAUUUAAAAAGGGUUCUAGCCCCUGAGACUGGGUUGCAACCCAAGGAGCAGAGGUUGUUGUUUAGAGGAAAAGAAAAGGAAGACAAUGAAUGUUUCGACAUGGUUGGAGUAAAAGACAUGUCCAAGAUUAUACUACUUGAAGACCCAGCUAGCAAAGAGAAGAAACUUCAAGAGUUAAAGAAAAAUGAAGGCCUUUUAAAAGCUUAUGAAGCUGUUGCCCAAGUUAGAGCAGAGGUUGACAAGCUCUCACAACAGGUUAUGACUCUUGAGACAAUGAUGCGCAGUGGUACCAAACUUGCAGAUAAGGAGUUUGUUGUUUUGAUAGAGUUGCUUAUGAUGCAGCUCCUUAAAUUGGACACUAUUCAGGCUGAUGGAGAAGCCAGAGCCCAGAGACGAAUUGAGGUUCGACGAGUACAGAGUUUUGUGGAUACACUUGACAAUCUUAAGGCAAGAAACUCAAAUUUCUCAGGUAACAACACUAAAAAUGCAGCAGUGUCAGUGAGUACAAAAUGGGAGACUUUUGAGUCAGGGCUUGGAAGCCUAAGUGCUCCAUCACCACCAAUGCAAUCUUCUACCAAAGUAACUCAGCACUGGGAAAUAUUUGACUAAUAAUAAUGAGUGUGAGAACUUUGUGUAAAGUUUUGAAAUGUUGUAUCUUAUCGAUAUAAUUUUGUAAAACUUGAUGAGAAGCUGGUUUUUUUGUAGAUGCAGAGAAAAAGGAUGAAUCAACAUUUGAAGUAUACUGUAUAUAGAUAUGAUUUAUUUGUUGUAUGUGUUGUAUUUAUAAUAUUUGAUGGUUGAAACUUGA